AUGGGAAACAUUCAAGUGGUGCCACCACAUCAUCAUCAUGAGGGAAACCAAUCAUCCUCCUCCUCCUCCUCCUCUUCUGUGGGUAUCAAAAUGAAGAAGAAGAACAAGCUUCAAGUACUCCGAAAUAUUUCUCGGCAUCUCUUACGAAAUAAGAAGAGUAAGCCAACACAACAGAAUCAUCCUACCAUGAAAGCAAAUACUAAUUCUUCCUCUCAAAUUCAGCAUCAUCAUCACGAUGAUGAGCCUUACGCAACCUCUAUGGUUUCAGUAUUAUCCCUCUCCUCGUUGCCUACUACGUUAGGAGCGAUGCAACAAUUAUUCUUGAUGAAUCAACAAGAGCCAUCAUCCUCUCCAAAAGAUCAUCAUCAUUACCUUCCUAACACCCCUCGUAUUGUUCGUACGUGCUAUGAUGAUUUGAAAUUGAAUCAAACCAGCACUCCGGAACAACAAGUUCAAGCUCUGAAGCGAGCAGCCUAUAAAUCUCAAUCGUGUUCAGCCUUGAUGCCUUUAUCCCAAGCUUGGGAUGAAACAACUCCCAUUACUCCAACCAAAUUCGGAUUCUAUGAAGACGAUGAUGAUGAAUUCAUUGAACCUUCUUCUCCAAUGACCAUGACUCGAUUCUUUACUAACAUUAUGUCUACCACUCAUUCCAUUUCUAACAAUAAUAAUAAUAAUAACAACAACAAUAACAAGACCACAAAACAAAGUGUGGUGGUUGUUGCUGCCAAGCCAUUACAUUCCACGACCCAAUAUCAUUCCAAUAAUAAUAGCACGACGAACUUGUCUCAGUACAAUACCUCCAACACGAAUCUUUCCCAAUUUAAUGCUUCUACCAAUAAUCUACGAAUGAAUGAGAAUGGAGAAUGGGAAGAUGAUGAGACAUAUAGUUGUUCGUCCUCGUCGUCUACCGCCUCUCAUCGUAAUGCUGAAUCGAUGAGUGAUUGUAAUGACGAUGAGGAGGAUUAUAUCGAUCAGUUCAUUAAGGGAGAAACUACUGAGGUCGAGUUGAGCAGCUCUAUUGCGUACUUGAAAAAUUCAUUUGUGAGAUGCAAUACAGUUGUGAUUUGA